AUGCAGAACUCUUUUCCUAUGCAGGGCCGUCCAACUACUACUAUUACAACAACAACUCCAUCUCUUCAUUCUCAAAUCACAAGUCUCUUACAACAACAAUUGGCGAUUGAGGAAAGACUCACCGCCCAACGGGCUCUCAUGCAGCGCAUCACGGAAGGAUUUGCGGUACUCCGUGAAUGGGCAGCCCGUUCUGCACAUCAUGAUCUCUCUCUACAUGAUCUUCUUCUUGUGGCUACCUACAACAGUGAACCGCAUGUCCAUCCGGAUAGAAUAAAAUGUGAAGGUGAAGGGAAUCCUUAUACUCAUAAUAAUAAUAAUAUUAAUAAUGUUAAUAAUAAUAAUAAUGGUAAGUCUGGUGAGGAGGAUGCCGCACUGGAGUUAAUGCAAGAUGCCAAACGAGCCUAUAGAAGUUUUAUUCGCAGACGUAUAUUAGAUGAGUCGAGUCCACAGCCGGAUAGUCCCACACAAUUCCACACACUCACCGCAGAUUCCUUUUAUAUUCUUCUUCCAUAUUUGACAGAACUCCUGCGGGAACUUCUCGUGGGAACAGAUAAAAGUAUUCAUUGGCAAUCCGAAGAUGCCGUUGCGGAUGCUGGACUUAUUCCUUCCUUAUCUUCUCUCAUCUCUACAUCAUCCUCAACAUCAUCAUCAUCAUUAGCAGCAGCAGCAGCACGAGGGGAUUGGUGUGCGGCGUUGGCUCGAGUGUUGAGAUUCCUUGAGCUUGGAAUAAAACACUUUCCAGAUGUGAUGAUGUGUGAUAAUAGACAGCAAUGCUCUUCUAUCAUGGGAAGUUUAACACAUUUACGAGAGAGUGGUAUUAGUCAAAGUGCUGGAGAGGCGAUAUUACUACUACGACACCGUGCAGAUGUGUUGGAGGUAAAUCUACAACGCCUUUAUCAGGCGCACAGCGGUGAGAACUCACCCGUUCAUGCGUUAAGAGUAUAG